ACAAAUUAUUUGGGAAAUAACAACGUGGAUGCAAGAACAUACAUCUGCAAAAAAAAAAUAAACACGAAAAUCCAAACUAGAACAGAGCGAUUUCGCUGGAAUUGGUCGACGCUGAAAUUGUCAGUCGAAUGCAGUUUUCGAUUAGCGAUUAGAUUGGUUUAAAACGAACCGAAUUUGCAAAUUAUAUUUCUAUUAGGACAUCGGAAUUGUGGGCGAAACGGGAGCAGAUGUUUUUGUAAUUCAGGCCGUGUAAUCUAAAGCUCCAAAUCCAAAUCCGCAUCCGUUUAUUUUUUAUUUUCGUUUCCUUCGGUGGAAGAGAGAAAAGGUACAGCCGCAUUUGCAUACAGAUGAAUAACAACGGGACAACGAUGUCUGACUACGAAAGGAUCAGGCUCGUGAUCCUCGGCGGAGCCGGCGUUGGGAAAAGCUGCAUCAUUAAACGCUUUCUAACUAACACCUACACGGACAAGUAUCGCAGCACGAUCGAGGAUCUGUACAAUAGGGAAUACGAUCUCGGUCAUAUGACCUUGAAAGUGGACAUCCUGGAUACGGCAGGAGACAUGCAGUUUCCGGCGAUGAGGAGGUUGUGCAUCGCAACGGCCCACGCUUUUCUUUUAGUGUAUGCCGUCACGUCUUCGCCGUCGUUCGAUUGCAUCAAGCAGUGCUUCGAGGAGAUCAGAGAGCAGCGGGCCGACUUUCAGGAGAUUCCCAUUGUCGUCGCCGGAAACAAGCUGGAUCUGACGUCAACACAUCGAGAAGUUCGCAUCGAAGAUGUCUCCGAAUGGGUUUUCUGUGAACUGCCCAAGUUAAGGGUGAAGGUUCUGGAAUGUUCGGCGAAAGACGACAUCAAUGUCAAGGAGAUUUUCCGCACGUUCCUGACGCUCUCUAGGAUAUUCCCGAAGGAUUCAGACGAUUCGGGGGGCCUGAAGCGACGAUCCAGCGCCUACGUGUCGGCAAGCAAAGGAGGCCGAAGGGCCGUCAGCCCUGCACCAGACAAAGACCGUUCCUUGGCCGAGGGCAGCAACUCGCAGCAGGAAUCUAGGGCCAAGCCUAGGUCCAGGUCUCUGAUCCGGAGGGCCAGCAGGAAGACCAAGCAGCAAAUUCGGGAUGCCCACAACGCCGUCGAGGAAUGUACCGUAUCCUAAACUUGACUCCUCAAACUCGCACAACCCUUCGUGUAUAUACGAAGGAUGAUACACACCACCCCUCCCCGAACAUGUUUUAAUUACGACAGCUAUUGUUUCGAUAAUUGACACAUAAUGUGAUAAAUUAAUGUUAGCACUUCGAUAUGUAACAAAAACACCGGAUGGAAACGAUCAUUUUCUACUACUUUCGAAACGAUUGUUCGUUCGUUCUUUCUUUGAUACACAACGAGAGCUUUUACUUAUCGAGUUUCUUCCUCAUUCAUCUACGGUUGAAUUCACCCCCACACAAACAUCCAUUGAAGAGUCAAUAAGAAAAAAAACAAUUUUUUUUUUAUUAAAC